AUGAUGAUUGACCAUGUCUCACGCAAGGCAGGCGUGGUCCUUGCUACCUGCAUUCUGAUUGUGGGUGUUGCACUCUGUACAGGCUCAUACUCAACGACACCGCAUAUGAUGUUCUGUAUGCUUGUUGUAUCGCGUGGUAUUCUUGGAUUCGGUGCUGGUGGGGAGUACCCGUGCGUAGGCAUCGUGGUCUUAUCGUGGGACUCGUCGGAUGCACUUCCAUUGAUUUGGGUAUCGUUUUUGGAGGGAUUCUUCCUCUAUGUGUUUUAG